UCCAAAAGUUUUAUACUUUAAAUCUCAGAAUAUUGUUCAAAUAUAUCGUUAGAAAAUGUCUCCAAAAAUUGUUGUCGUCGGUUCAUGUAUGAUUGAUUUUACUAGCUAUUCCCCGCGUUUACCAAAAUCUGGUGAGACUCUAGUCGGUAGCAACUUUGAAAUAAAGUAUGGUGGCAAAGGUGCUAAUCAAUGUGUGGCUGCUGCAAAGCUUGGUGCAUCAACAGCAAUUGUUGCUUCAUUAGGUUCAGACGUAUAUGCACAAGAGUACUUAAAAAUAUUUAAGAAGGAAAACGUGAAUGUUGCGCAUGUUCAAAUACAAGAAAAUCAGCACAGUGGAAUAGCGCAUAUCACGGUCGCCGAUAACGGCGAGAACCAUAUAGUGAUCGUGUCCGGAUCGAAUGAGUCGUUGAGUUUGAAACACGUGGACGCCGCGGCGGAGGUAGUGCGAGACGCUGCCGUUUUAUUGUGCCAAUUUGAGACGCCCCUGGAAACCACGCGGCACGCUUUAAAGCUCCAUAAAGACCACGGUUUGUCGAUUGUGAACGGGGCGCCUGCGAUGGAACACGUUGACUACGACCUCUUGUCACUCUGCGAUAUAUUCUGUGUUAACGAGACCGAGGCGGAAAUCAUGACGGGGGUGCAACCGUUGGGGUUAUCAAAUAUGCAGGAAGCCAUUGACAAGCUGUUGGACAAUGGUUGUAAUACAGUUAUCCUCACCUUGGGAAAAAUGGGAGCAGCGUAUGCAUCUAGGAAGAAUAGGACUGCGACACUGGUUCCUACCAGGCGGGUCAAACCCGUGGAUACAACUGGAGCUGGAGAUGCAUUUCUGGGCGCUAUUGCAUAUUUUAAAGCGUAUCAUCCAGGGCUUUCCAUGGACGAAUGCAUCCGACGAGCCUGCGUGGUCGCCACAGAAUCCGUCCUGAAACUCGGCACACACGCAAGCUUCCCGACCAGGAGCAGCUUGUCACCGGAUCUUUUUGUAUGAUUUAAUAAAAAACAAAUGAUUGUU